AUGCAUACACUUUCGUACCGAGCUCCGGAGUAUGUUGCGGCUCUCUUGAGAUUCGAUCUCGAGGUUGAAUUCGACGCCAAAAUUCUGGACAUCGGUUGCGGCACCGGGCUGGUGGGUAAAGAGCUUACGAGCCUGCACUACGUGAAUGUCCAUGGCGUCGACAUCGCUCCGAAGAUGAUUCUGCUGGCGCAGGCGAAGAAUUGCUAUCGAUCGUGUCGACUUAUCGAAGACUUGCGGUGCGUCCGAGACACGUACGAUGUCGUGAUAAUGUGCUCCGUUUUUGGCAGGGGCCAUGUUUCAUUGGAGAGCGCGGGGCUAGUUCCCGAUUUGAUUCGCGAUGGAGCUCGCAUAAUUAUUGCUCAGCUCUCUCCAGAGACGGAUCUUGAGAAUAAAGAACUGCAGAACUUCGCAGAGGCUAUCGCAACUCGAUUGAAAGCCCAAGCUCCUCGCGUUGAGCCCAUUGAGAGGUACAUCUCGGAACGCUCGGGUAUCCUAGCUAUUGUCAGCGUCGGUACUCACAAUCGAUAG